CGCGUUUCAAACACCUGUCUGAAUCAUAUUCUAGUCACCAGCAAUGCGCAGCGACAUGUCCGCUUCCCCAUGCCAAUAUUCCAAAGUCUGCCUUGCGCAAGAAACCACCCGCCGAUGCCCUUGCCGCAGCCAGGGAGGGGCUGUCCAAUACGGUUCGGCUCUUACCAUGUUCGAACGACAGUAAUCGCACACGCAACACCGAGACACGAACAGAUGAAUGUUUGAGAGACGCAUGAGUCGGCCCCGGCUUUGAAUGAGGCAGGAAUUUGCCCGUAGACUACGGCGAGGAGCUCCGUUAAGCGCAUGCGUUCAUGCCACCCCCCUAUCGAGCUCACUGCCGACUUACAAGCGACCUAGCUUUGACUCCCCUCACAAUCCCCAAAGACUUUCGUCAUGGCCACAACCCCAAGUUUGUGUGAUAUGUUCUUGCAGCGUUUCGCAAGAACCCUCUUGCUUUCUACUGCUUUGCUAGGAGCGUGCGCGGCUCUCUACUUUGCAAAACACCUUCUCAGAUGCGUACUUUCUCGCCGCCGUCAAUGGCAGGAAGAGCAUCUGAGAGCACCCCCGACUAUGUCUUCCGCGAUUCCCUUCAUAUCCAAUACGUUAUCAUUCGUCUUCAACCCGAGACAUUUCAUGCUUCAAGCUGGGGAGCAUCUGGGCAGCUAUCUCCCAGUCUGCGUACCGCUCCUUCUAGGCGACAUAUACGUCAUUCGAGGCACUGAAAACAUCGCCAGCCUGUGGAAAGAAUCCGCACAUUCUACCUCGACUGAGCUCCAUGGAUUCUUCUUUGGUUUGAUAUUCAAAAUGCCUAAGAAAGCAACCCCCUUGUACGCGAAAGACAACUCAGGAUUCAGCGCCAAACCACAUCCAGAUAGCCACGUAAAGCCGAACAACCGCAUCGACUACAUCACGCACCAAGUGCUCAAAGAAUUCUUACGGGGUCCCGCGUCUGUCGAGCUCGCACCCCGAUUUGCGGCCCGCAUGGACACCCAACUCUCUGCGAUGACAAUUGGAGACUCGUGGGUGGAAUAUACGGACCUGCUGGAAUUCUUUGAACUCGAGAUGCUUCGGGCAAACCUCGAAGUGACGUACGGAUCUACGCUUCUCCAAAUCCACCCGAACUUUUGCAGAGACUUUUGGUAUUUUAGCCAUCAUUUAUAUGGCUUCUAUAGCCCAAUUGCGAAAUGGACGUCCCCCGGCGCACAUGCUGCUCGUGAUCGACUUCUGGGCGCCCUCAAGCACUGGCAGCGACUCAUGCUCCAAGCUCAGGAAGCCGAGGGAUACGACCAGCUCUCCCAUUCGGACGCAUAUUGGGGGCCGAAAGAAGUUCAAAAGUGGCAUGCUAGAUUCCUGCAAAUGGACGGAUUCGAUGAAGACGCAGUGGCCUCUCUUUACCUGGGAAUAAUCUGGGUCUCGAAUUACAACUUCAUCAUCACGGCGUUUUGGAUGAGCCUCGAGGUGUACCGCAGCAGCAACCUUCUCGCCGCAAUUCGGGCGCCGCUCUCUGAAGUUUCAGCUCAACUUCUGGUGCAGGACUCCUCGCAACUUCCUCUCCUCCAGUCUGUGUAUGCAGAGACCUUGAGACUGCGCACCGAGGCUUAUAUCACGCGCCGAUUUCCUCACAGCUCUGUCGUAUUAGGCGAUAAAUGGCUUAUUCCGCGGGACAAGGUCUGCCUCGCGUCAACCCAUCCAGCGCAUCAAGACGAGACAAUUUGGAACACCCGGGAUGGGAAGCACCCGCUGGAUACAUUCUGGGCUGAGCGAUUCCUCCUCGACCCAAAAGACGCCCAGAGUGGGCCUCUCAAUCCAACGUACAGAGCACUGAACCAUUCGUCCAAAGCGCUGGAAGCGACCGCGAAAGCGAAUGGGAGCAGAGAUGAUACCGACAAGACACCCAUCUUCACGCUUGAUGGACUGUCAUCCUCGUGGAUCCCUUUUGGCGGCGGCCCGCGCGCCUGUCCCGGUCGACACAUAGCCAAGCAACAGAUUCUGUCGACAUUUGCCUCCUUCGUGCAGAAAUUUGAUAUCGAGCUAACGGCGAACAAGGAGGCAUGGAGAAUGGACGAGCGAAGCUAUGGCCCCGGAGUGCAGCUUCCGGCUGGCAAGGUUUCCUUCCGAAUCAGGAGAAGGGCGAUCUAAUUUCGACGUGUGACAAUGGAGCAAUAUGCGAAUGUGGGUCU